UGUGUUGGAGUCAAAUAUGUAUAUUUAAUUUUCCUUGGUCAUUUGUAAGUCUUUAAUUUGGCCAUGGCUGUGUUAUUGUAUGUUUUAGUAUAUCGCCAUAUAGACUAUGGUGACAGUCUACUGGUACAAAUAAAUAGUAAUUUAUCCUUAUCUAAUUUCAUACCUGUCCCACCUUUUGGCAAUAUGAUACCCUUAACCGCUUGCCUACACACCUAUUGGAAACUCCCCAGAAAUCUAGACUUAACUAUGAUAUGCUAGUGGAUAUACAUGUGCAGAAAGUGGCAGAUAGCCUACAGUGCAACACAAAACAACAAAUAUCUCCAAUCAAAAGAGGAAUGACAAUAAAAACAAAAGCAACUAUAUUGGAGCCACUAUAUAAUUUAUUUUAAGCUUCAGAGCAAGGAGAAUAUAAUAAUCCAGCAAAAUCACAAUCCUAAUAGUCCUUAAAGCUCUAAGCUUUUUCAAGAAAUUUAAAAUAUAAAUAACGGCAGGGAUAAUAGCCCACUCCAAACCUAACCCAAAUCUUAAAAAAUGGCAUUGUCUUGUUAAUGAACACAGACUUAGUUACUCUUAGGUAAUAGAGUCAGGAGUCUAUAGAGUUCUAUAUAGAUGCUAAAUACACUUUAGUCAAAACUCAUUUGAUGGAAGUAAUGAGCGAAGGCACCAUACAAACAGAAGUAAAAUGUCGGUAAAGCAAAUUUUCUGAAACUAAAACUAUUCAUUAGUUCAUUACACAUGAAAGUUGAGCCUGCAAAUUGAGUCAAAUCCCAGAAUUGUAAUUUAAAGCAUGUAGUUAUCAAAAUUGUAUCAUGAAAAGUACAAAGUUAACAAACGUGGGAGGGAUGCUCCAAUGAACCAAAGCCUUAUUGGGAUCAAGGCACAAAAACUAAAUUUGAUAUAAAAAAUUAAAAUUUAAAUAUUGAUGAUGUUUGCCAGGUGAUAUUCACUUCUAACCUUGCAUUGAGGCUUCUUCACGACACUUCUUGCAAACAUUAACAGUUAGUGAAACGCCUCCUACUUUUAGUCUUCCAUGAGACAACCAAUGAGUAAGCUCCACACGUCCAUGAUCUGGUUAGAGAUGUGACCCAUGCAUAGAAUCAGACAAAACAAGGUUGAUGGUAAGCCAGUUAUGCUUAUGUAAAGACCAGGCAGGCAGGUUAGUAUGCAUGCUAUGCCAGCUCACACUCAUUGCAUGGAAAAAGUGUCAAGGGGAAGGGGAAGUAGUGAAGGAAUUAAGGGAGCAAAGUAAAAACAGACAAAUUUGCAGCAAUCAUUCUGAUCUCCGGCUCAACCAGUUCUUAAACUGUCUCUACAAUCACAAUUAUAAUGAUUAGUAUAAAUCCCUACUCUCAGUGUUCAGCAAUGAUUGGCUUCUGAAGGAGUAAUUCAAGUCCAACUAGCCAAAGAGUAUAAAAAGUAUAAAAAGUUUUUUUACCAUCCAGCUGACGAUAAUGAAGUAUCGAAGACAAGAAUUAAAGAUUAAAUUCUUAGCAGGAACAGCACUGGUCAGAGGGUGCUUGCAAGCAUUCAAACAGCAUCACUGACUUGUCGAAUUCAGACAAGAUGGGAGCUUUGAUCCGUGUCUGCUGAUGUGACCGAAAUAACUAAAGAACCAAAAGUACUCUGAUGUUUCCAGCAGUCAGAAACCGACCCUAUGGGGGGGAGACGUCUCAUCAUCAAUGUACAGCCAGCCAAUAUACUCAUCAUUCAUUCAUCUCAUCAUCAUAACAGCCAGCUCAUCUUUCAGCCAUUUCAUCAUCGUACAGCCAUCUCAUCAUCGUACAGCAUUAUCAUUGUACAGCAUUAUCAGCAUCAGCCAGCCAAAUCAUCGUACAGCCAUUUCAUCAUCGUACAGCCAUCUGGGUCACCAGCAGGAGAUGGUUAGGGGGUGGAUUCUCUGUCCGUGGUCCAAUGAGUGGGUUGUUGUUUUCUAAAAUUUCUUUCUAUAAUAACUGGCCUACAAGUAGACAAUUGGAAAGUACUUUUGCAGUUUAGAGAGUCCUUAGAAUUUUUCAGUACAUUUUGUGUCAUAGAUUUCUUGGAACAUCAGCACAAUGCCCCUCUUUUUUCUCAGGGAGAUCAGACAGUCAGUAGUACAGGGAGGUCACGUGGGAGGGGUUCCAAAGAAGGAUAUAGAAUCACAAAAAUUAAUCAUCAAUUAUGUACACACACACAGGACAAAUGUUUCUGAAAGUACGAUGUUAUCCUCGCAAAGUUUUAAGAUCACCAAUCCCUCAUUUAACACGUCUUCAAAUUGCACGAAUUCAUUCAGCGGGAUAUCAGUCUUGAAUAGCCACAGGCAAAAAGAAAGUCGGGCAUGACGCCACAAAGUUUGCCUCAACUUGGUAAACAACAGAUGUACGAGGGGGGAAGAGAUGCGCACAUAAGACUGACUACACUAUUAGCUGUUGUACAAACAUCAGCUAUGGCAAGUUCAGUUGCAGCUAUUGGUUGUUAAGGACCAAAUGAUUUUACGUCCGCGCGUAUGCCGCCGGGCCGUACCGUUGUUGCCCGGCCUCAGAUCGGGCCGUGAUGAACUUCAGUCUAGCCAGUGGCUGGGAACUCAGGAGCGUAAUGCAUCAUGUUCAAGUAUUGGAGACAAAACUAGAAGUAUUAUGGCGUGCAGAAUGUCAUGAAGGCUACAGUUAUGUCGGUCGCACUUUAGUUUUAAGCAUGUUAACUGUGCGCACAAUUGUACGUAUCGUAAAUAAGAACUCUAUCAAACGUUUAUAUACGUCUGAUGCUGUUGGUUGUACUAGCGGGAAUAUAUUUGACAUUAGAUACUGGAACAGAAAUGAAUAGAUAUUUCACAUGGAAACGAUUGUUAAAUGGAUGGUGUAAUGAAAAAAAAUCACGGGCUUACAGGAUUGGUGUGAACCAAGCGGUGGUACGCAAAUAAGCACAUUAAUUUUGAAGUACGUAACCACCUAUCUUCCGUUACACGGUGUCAUAUUUGUCUUACAAAGUAUUCGAUGGUAGGCUUAUAAAGAUUUAUUGUUGAGUGUUAUUGUAUGCAUAUAUUACGUAAAGAAUAUUUUCCUACACAUUAAGUAAAUUAGCCUGGCUAUUUAUGGAGACAAAUGCUUCAGAAUACGUGAUUUUGAAUAACACAAACAUUUUAGGAAUGCAUUAGUCGUGCUAAGUGAGAGAGUACUCAGGGUUCGUACGGUCCUUAGAAGUCCUUAAAAAGUCCUUAUUUUUGAAUACUGUUUUUAAGGGCCCUUAAAAGUGCUUACUUUUUUACGUUUGUCGUGUUGACUUUAGAAGUUACUUUUUCCUUUGUUACGCAUUGGAUGUUACGUAACGGUAGUACGACUAUGUUUUUAUGGUACAAAUAUUGGGCCGAAUAGCUUAGUAAAUGUCGUACGAUGUACCAGAAUACUUUUGUUAGUGCACAAAAUAUACCGGAAUUAUCGGUUUACCGGCUUAUAGUGCUCAUAACUACUGAACAGAGCGCGCUGUAGUAGCUGUGUUAGUGUUUUGGCGCGUAAAUGCAGAAGUUUCGUUGUUUUGACUUGGUGUGAUUGUUUUUUCUUGUGAGAAAGGUUAUCUGCUAGUGAAUUUAUCUUGACCGUGAUGCCGGGGAAGUGUGUCUUUAACAUACUUUGGCUCGAAAAAGAGCAGUACAAAAAGUGGCUUUCCCGUGACCCAGACAAGCACAAGGCAAGAUGCCGAUUGUGCUGUAAAGUUUUCGAUAUAGGGAAUAUGGGCGAAUCGGCUUUGAAAGCACACAUGGCAGGGUCGAAGCACUCUUCAUUAGUUGAAGAGAAAACCAAGACCGUUGCGAUAAAAGAGUUUUUCAGUCCCAUGAACUUACCUAAUCAAACUUCUUCAACCUCAAAUGCUGCAGGUGUAUGCAAGCCAGCUACAGAAGCAAGUGGUAGUUUGAAUUUGUUUACCACUGGGAAAGACGUUCUGGAUGCAGAAAUUUUGUGGACUUUAAAGUGUAUUUGUAAUAACUAUUCGUACAAGUCUUGUGAGGAUUCAUCUCAACUUUUUGCUAGAAUGUUUCCAGACAGUUUAGUCGCACGACAGUUCUCUUGCGGUGAAAAGAAAGUGGCAUAUUUGUGUCAUUUUGGUUUGGCUCCCCAUUUCCAGACACUUUUAUUCAAAUCUUUUCAGGACACUAGUCACUAUGUCUUGCUGUUUGACGAAACACUGAAUAAAAGCACCCAGCAAAAACAAAUGGACAUCCAUAUUAGAUUCUGGCAUACUGACAAUUCAGUGAGAACACGUUAUGUUACUUCAGCUUUCAUUGGUCAUGCCACAGCUGAUGAUUUACUGAAGGCGUUUUACAAAUGUACAGAGAAGCUUGAUUUAUCAAAAUUGAUUCAGGUAUCAAUGGAUGGACCAUCAGUUAAUUGGAAGUUUUUCAAACUGUUGCAGGAAAACAUGAGAAAAGAGUUUAAUUUUGAGUGCAUUGAUGUUGGUUCUUGUGGGCUUCACACUUUGAAUAAUUCAUUCAAAAAGGGCGAAUCUGCAACAGAGUGGGGUAUUUCAUCUGUUCUGACAUCUCUUUACUCUUUGUUCAAAGAUGCCCCAGCACGAAGGGAUGACUUUGAAAAAUUAUCCACAACACAUAAAAUGCCAGUCAAAUUUUGCAGCUGCCGCUGGUUGGAAAAUGUUCCAUCAGCUGAACGGGCAUUAGAAGUUUGGAAUGAUGUAACAGAGUAUGUGGGAAAAGUUGAAAAAGGUGUACUUUCAAAAGUGACAUGCAAGUCCUUCGGUGUUGUCGCUGGAGCAACACAAGAUAACCUGAUGACUGUGAAGCUCAAUUUUUUGCUCUCCGUGGCAAAAGUUCUAAAGCCAUUUUUGGAAAAAUACCAGAGUGACAAACCAUUGUUACCCUUCUUCGCACAGGAUGUUCUUCAACUUGUAAAAAAGUGUGUUCAACUGUACAAAGUCUUGAAACCUGCUCAUUUUGAUCGUAUUUCUAGUGUUGAAAAAUUGAGCAAGUUUGAUUUUUCAAGCAAAAGUUUCCAUGCUUCAGCAAGUGAUGUUAGUGUAGGGUUUGUUGGAGAUAAACUUCUGAAAGAGAAACUCUUUAAACAACAGGUAACUGAAAAGCAAGUAGUGGUUCUAAAGUAUGAGUGCCAAAAGUUUGUUUUGACUAUAUUGGAGAGUUUGAUGGCUAAGUGUCCUGUAAAUUAUUCACUUGUGAGGAAUGCAGCCUGUAUUGAUCCAUCGCAAAUGGCAAGAGAUUCUGCUAGCUGUAGUCGUAAAAUGAAGUGUGUUCUUACAUAUUUUGUACAAAAGAAAGCGAUUGCAGCAGAGGAUUGUGAUGAUAUUUUAAUACAGUUCAAUGACUUCCUAGAGAAUGUUGUUGGACCAUCAUCAUCAGAGUUCCUGAACUAUGAUAGGAAUGAAGGUCUUGACAGCUUGCUUAGUGGCUAUUUUUUAAGAACAGCAUAUGGAAAGGUAUGGAAUGUCAUUAAAAUGUUGCUAAUUCUCUCACAUGGACAAGCAUCAGUGGAAAGAGGUUUUUCCAUCAACAAAGCCUUAGAAGUUGAAAAUCUGAAGGAAUCGUCUUAUGUAGCCCGCCGCACUGUACAUGACUACAUCACUUACUGUGGUACCAUACAUGACAUACCUAUUACCAAAGAAUUGAGGGCGUCUGCAUCAUCUGCCCGAAUGAAAUAUAUGCAGCAUUUGGAGGAGGAACGUGCCAAGAAAAUUGCUGCCAGUGCACAGGAGAAGAGAAAGGAAAUGUUUGAUGAAAUUGAAGUUUUGAAAAAGAGGAGGGUUCUUUUGGAGAAGGAAAUUGACACAUCUGAAACAUCAGUUAAUAAUCUUUCACAAAAAGCAGAAACUUCCAGAAAUAUGAACUGUUUAUCAAGUGCAAUGCUGUUAGGAAAGAAAUCUCUGUAAAGAAGCAGGAGCUGAGUGAUCUCAAAACUAAAAUUAGUGACUUGCAAAAUCUGACUAAAUAGACAUGGUUUCAAACUAAUUUCAUAUAAAGUACUUGACUAUUGAUUCACACUAGUGCCGUCUUAUCAUGGAGCUAUGAACACUUUAGUGAAAACUGUUAAAUGUGUAAAUGUUGUAUUAUAAUUUUUUUACUAUCAAGUCGAUCAACACAUAAGAAAGUUUGUGUUCGCAAAAUAUUUUUAAAUUGGUAAGUUCAAGGCGUUUGUUUAGGCCUAUUUUAAACUGCAUGACUAUGUAUAAUUAGUACUUACACCACUUGAUUUCUUUGUUAUAUUAAUACAUUUUUUGCCAACGUGCAGAAUAUUCUUGUUUUAAAACUUGUAGAUCAAUGCUAAAAGGUCCUUAAAAAAACUAUAAUCAAGUCCUUAAAAGUCCUUAUUUUUUAAUGACCUAAGAGAGUACGAACCAUGGACUACUGAGUGGUGUACUGUAUUAAGUACUUUGUGGUUG